UUCCCUCGAAAACAUCCAACUUUGGCACGGCGCGCACUUCGCUCGACUCCUUUAUUUCUGAUACUUUGGUAAGGUUUGUACCUAACGCUGACGGCAGUUUCGACAUCUGGCCGCCCUUGCUAUCUACAGUGUGUACUCUAUGCUUGUGCCUCAACCACACCACCGAGGCAGCUUCUUGUCUGUGCCUCAGCCAGCACUAUUCUGGGCUCGUGGUAUCAAGCGAUCCGGAAGAGGACUUCUUCUGUUAACGACCGCGGCACUCCUUGUGAAGACGAUUCUGCUUCGGUACGCUGCCUGUUUGCUUUUAUCGAAUGAUCAACUGCUUUCCACCACAUUUGGGUCCCUUGAGCGCAGCGCGUUUCAAACCUCGGGAGCUUCACCACAAUGGCCGAAUGUCAUUCUUUGACACCUAUUCUUGGCCUCGGCCUUCCACGGAACAGCAUCGUCUUGAUUCAAGCACAAAAGCUUCCAUUGACACCG